AUCUGUGGGUUCUGGAGGAUCACAGAACGGCCGGUGCCCUGGACGGCCGGCGGCCGCCAUUCAUUAUAGAUCACUGUUUUUGUCCCCCCUAGCCUCUGAUUAUCUACAGUUUGCAUCCAAUCCGACAGGUGGCAGCAAUGCGCCUGGCUGUUCAUCGCCAGUCCGAUAGAAGAACGAAAGAAACACAAAGUUGCCUUCAUUGGUUCCUUGUGGAAGCAAAAUGGCGACGAGCGUUAAUGCCCAAUAUGGAUGGUGGUGGCAAAAAAAGAAAAGAGAAGGGUGGCGCGGAGAAGGUUAGGAAGAAAAAAAUUAAAGAAACUGGAGAGCAAAGCAUUAAAAUGUCAUAAAUUGACAAAUAUUUUCGCAAGCAGCAGUCUGGCUGCAACGGCCACGUUGGGUAACAGCAGCCCAGCCCCGGCGAUGGUGAGAGGGGGCAGCCGCUCUGACGUGCAGCCGGUGCAGGGAGGGAGAAAAAUAGAGGGAGGAGGUAAUGAUAAGCUGGUGGAAGUUCGAGAGGGAAGUUCCCCAGACAAGCGCAGAGCAAGUAAAAAGGGAUGAAGAGGGUCACUUGCUCGGUAUACUGGCAAUUGUUAUCCACAAGCAUCCUCGCACCAUUUCCCCACCCAUUCAGUUUCCUUCUCUAACUUUCUCCCCUCCUUUACUUGGCUGCGCUUCCACACACCCACUUCCACAUUCAGGGGGAGUCAGCAGUGUGCUGCCAGUCUGUGUGCUGGAGAGACACUCGGACGACACUCUGCAAGAGUAAGGGGAGAACUUUCCUGCUCUUGAGCUUUUAAUUCAAAAAAUCAAAUAGCCCCCUCUUCAGAAGUUUGCAAUGCUUCUAUUCUACCUUUUGGCUCUUGUUGCCGCCAUCCAAGCCCAUAAGGACUUCUUGUCGGGCUCCUGCAACUUUGAGACCAACACCUGUGGUUAUGUGUCGGAUGCAGAUUUAAGCACCUGGAGCCUACACAGAGAUGGCCGUUUCAUCGCUGUGGAUGCCCCUUUAAAUGGCGACAAAGACUUGGACAUCGGGGUCGAUACCACAGGAGUGUUACUGAGUCCGGUUCUGGAGCAGAGUGAGUGGAGUUGCCUAAGGUUGGUCUACCAGAUUAGUGGUACAGGAAGCUUGCAAGUCCUACAACGCACAGACGGUCAGAGCUAUGACAGGCCGCUGUGGAGCAGCCAAAUGUCGUCAGACAGCUGGGUCAUUGCGAGCAUGGACCUGCAGAACAGCACGGAGACUACAAGGGUUGUUAUCGAAGGGAUACCUGGGAAGAUGGCUGGGAGCAGCGUGGCCAUUUUUGAGAUCCACAUUAGCCCCGGAUACUGCCUGGACUGCGACUUUGAGGAAUCUCACCUGUGCGGGUACAAUAACCAGUGGAAUGCUAAUGUCAACUGGUUUGUGGGUGGCGGUGGUGGAGGCCAGCUGUUUCACAACAACCUGCCAGAUGAUCACACGCACAACAACAAGACUGGGCACUUCAUGUAUGUGGACUCCAUCUACUCCAAAACUUUUAAAGAAGUGGCCAAACUGGUGUCCCCCAUGACCAUGGUGCCAAUGUCUGGCUGCCUGACGUUCCACUAUCAACGCAGUGAUGAGGGAGGGAACCUUUUCUCUGUUUACACCCGUGACCGACUAGGUCAGUACCAGGAGCUGUGGAGGGCUGAGCCUGAAACACAGAGUGAAUGGAGUGACAAACCUGGAGAGUGGGUACCUGUGCAAGUGGACCUGAAAGCUCCAUAUUCAGUGGAGGUGGUGUUCGAGGUGGCCUUCAAUAGCCCGAGAGGCGGGCACGUUGCAGUUGAUGACAUUUCAUUUUCGCCUGAAUUCUGCAGCUCUGACACGGAGCCAACCUUUGAUGCCUCCAUUGCCAAUUGUGACUUUGAGUCAGAUUUGUGCCAGUACACACAGGACCAGUCGAUAGGAUCAUUGUGGAGGAGAGUUUCUGUAAAACCCAAUAUUUUUAGAAACGGGGACCACACAUCCGGAGUAGGGACUUUCUUAUUGGCUCACUCCCAGCUGAGCACACAGUCCAGCUACAUGAGUCACUUAGUCAGUCCGACACUGGCUGCGAACAUGAAAUACUGCCUACGAUUUUACUUCUCCAUGAGAGGAUUCAACCAGACAGACCAAGCCCUUGCAGUGUAUCUGCAAAAAGGCAGUCGCCAGGAGAAGAUCUGGACUCAGGGAGAGAAGUCAAGAGGGAUCUGGAUAGCAGCAGACGUCACCUUUCAGACAUCACAGCCUUCCAAGGUUGUUUUUGUCAGCACAUGCGGGAGUUUGUGGGACUGUGGCUCUGUGGCACUUGAUGACAUCACCAUGAGUCUGGGUGACUGUGAGUUGGCGACAGGAAUGUCCUCAUCCCUUCCCGGCUGCUGUGACUUUGCAACGGGCUUGUGCGGUUACACUCAGGACAAGCAGAAUGAUGCUGCUGACUGGGAGUUGAGGAGAGGACCCACCCCAACCUCAUAUACUGGACCCAGAGGAGAUCACACUAGUGGGAUGGGAUACUACCUAUACAUGGAAGCAUCUCCCAUGCUGCCCGGCCAAACCGUCCGCCUGCUGUCCCGCCCUCUUCGGAGCUCGAGGGGACCCCAGUGUCUUCGCUUCUACUAUCAUAUGUACGGCUCGAGUACGGGCCAGCUCAGUGUUCACCUACAAAAAGACGGAGGGGACGUUUUGUUGUGGCAAAGAAGCGGCGAGCAGAGCAUCGCGUGGCUGAGGGCCACGGUGGAGUACCAGAGCGAGAGCCAACAUCAGAUUGUGUUUGAAGCCACCAGAGGAUCAUCAGUCAGGAGUGACAUUGCCAUUGAUGACAUCAUGUUGGAGGGCGGGCCUUGUCCAGCAAAAGAGACUAAGGCCCCCGUGGCGACAUCCAACGAGAUCGAGUAGAAGGAAAACAGCAGUACAUUAUCAGGCAGGAUGCAUGUUUUUUUUUUUUUGGCUCACUCUGAAGUUCAAUUUCACUCACAGCUUUUUUUUUAAUGCAAAAACUUGGUCACAUUCCUUGAGGUCUAUUUUCAUAGAGCAUCACCCUUUGCACUGUAACAACAGAGUGUUAACGCUGUAUUUUUCUUCACAUUUAUAUGCAUUAGAUUAAUGCUCAUUGCGCAAAUAAAGCUACGGAGUUGUGAUUCUGA